CGGUCAUCUGAUCAGCUGUGCCUAAUCACAACUGAUCGCAUGGGAAAUGUACACAGAUCAUCAGGGCACUGAUGAUCAGUGUGCCCUGAUGAUCUGUGUAGCCCCAGCAGUGCCACCUGUCAGUGUCCAUCAGUGCCAGCUGUCAGUGCUCAUCAAUGCCACCUGCCAGUGCCCAUCAGUGCCUCAUCAAUGCCACAUAUCAGUGCCUACCAGUGCACAUCAAUGCCACAUAUCAGUGCCCAUCUGAGCUGCCUUUCAGUGUCACCCAUCAGUGCCACCUAUCAGUGCUGCCAAUCAGUGCCACCUAACAGUGCCAGUCAGUG